AAAAGAAAAAAAAAAAAAAGAAAAUGAGGAAGAUGGAGAGAAUACCUUUAAACCAAAACAUUUCAAUUAUGAUACAUGUUUCUUUCAUUUAUUUUCUUUAUCUUCCUUACUGAAAUACAAACUAUAACAUCAAUUCUAAAAAAUUACGUAUUUUAUUCGCCUAGGUGAGAAAUUAAAGAACAAAUGGUCAAGAGUUGUGUUGGUGAUAUGGGUAUUUGUGGUACUCAUCUUUACACAGAGUUACACUGCUAGCUUAGCCUCAAUGUUAACAGUACAAAAAUUGCAGCCAGCAAUUAGCAAUAUUGAUGAGCUCAGAAGGAACGAUCAUUUUGUCGGUUACCUAAAGAACUCCUAUGUCAAAGAGCUUUUAACACAACAGUUGAACUUUUCAGAGUCUAGGCUAAGAUCUUAUGAAUCAUCAGAGGAGUACAAUGAUGCAAUGUCCAAAGGAAGCAAUGAUGGUGGGAUUGAUGCUAUCUUUGAAGAAAUUCCUUAUGUGAAGGUCUUCCUAUCUAAGUACUGCUCCAAAUACAGAGUGGUUGGACCAACCUACAAAUCAGCAGGAUUUGGCUUUGCUUUCCAAAUAGGGUCCCCUCUUGUCUCUUAUAUUUCAAAAGCAAUCCUAAAUAUCACUCAGGACCCUAAGAAGAUGCAGGAAUUGGAAACCAAGUAUCUUGAACCUGGAGCCAAAUGUGAAGAUCCUGACUCCAAAUUCUCUUCAGAUGAUGAUCCUUGUCUCAGUGUGUACAGUUUCAGUGGUCUCUUCAUCAUCAGUGGAACGGUUUCAAUUUUUUCAUAUUUGAUACAUUUGAUUAAACUAUGCUGCAAUCGGCCAUCUGCUAUGAAUGUUAUCCAUCCGGAUAACUCCCUUUGCCUUUGGUCCAUAGUUACUAAAAGGGAAAAGAGUUUCCACAUGGAUGUCCCUAAUAAUUUACAUGCCAGAGCUGAUGUUUCAGUGAAUAAUAACGGUGACCAUUUACAGAGCUCUCCAAUAGCUUUUAAUCAAGAAACUACAAAGAUGGAAAGAGUUGGUGAAGAAGAUGAAAUUCAUUAUAUAGAUUAUAGUGGAUACAUCUAUGGAUGUGCCUGACGUUAACAAGCAUAAUUGAUCGGAUGCUUUUCAUGAUCUGUUCCGCUGUGUUGAAGUAUAUUAGUUAUAGUUAGUGACGUGGCACUGUUAGUUAAUAUAACAGUUGUUUAGUUUUGGCAAGUUGUCAAGUUGUUAGUACAGGUUAGCAGUUGUUAGUUAUACUACCUGUAUUGAUAGUGUUUCACGUGUAACUGUUG